AUGUCCAUUGUCAGCUCAAAAGCUACAGAACGUAACUGUAAUAUGUUGUUUAUUCGUCUUGUUUUCGAUACUCAGUGUUUACAACAAGAACGACGUGAACAAGCCAAACAAGACUUGAAAGGUCUGGAAGAAACAGUAGCAAAAGAAUUACAAACUUUACAUAAUUUACGAAAAUUGUUCGUACAAGAUUUGCAAGCUCGCUUAAAAAAGUCACAAAAACAGCCUGAUGCAGAAGAAGAUGAUUUAGGUGGUAGUGUGGCUCAAAAACAAAAAAUAUCAUUUUUAGAAAAUAAUCUUGAUCAAUUAACGAAAGUUCAUAAACAGCUUGUGCGUGAAAAUGCCGAUUUACGUUGUGAAUUACCAAAAUUAGAAAAACGCCUUAAAGCUACGAUGGAUCGUGUUAAAUCGUUAGAACAAGCACUAAAAGAAGCAAAAGAAAGUGCAAUGAAAGAGUCGUAA